AUGCCGGACUCGAAGGGCAAAGGGCACUACGUGAAGCCCAAGGCUUUUUCUUUGGGUCUGGCAUGCACGACUGCACUUGUCGCUUUCAUCGACGAGCACGGCCAGGCUUGCCUUGGUCUUUGUGAUGGUGCUUCAGGUUUGCCUCUGCUUGCUGCUGGCCCCGUUGCAGGAGUGGGCGGCGGGCAUGGGGAGAAAGAGGGCCCGGACACGUGGUGGCCAAGGUGUCCGGGCACAAAGGCCCAAGGGGCACUCGAGGAGUCCCGAAGCCACAUGGAGGACCCUUGCUGCUUGCCAAUCCACGAGAACAGCAAAGCUGAAGACACCGCGAGCCCCGACAUGCAGGACUUGCGGGCCUCCCUCCACACCAUGGGGGUCAUGGCCGAGACGAUAACCUGCAAGCCCAGCGAGUCCGUUGAGGCCUGUGCUGUGACCGAGGAGCCUUUCUGUCCUGAUGGUGUUGAAACUUAUAAUGCCUGGCAGGAUCCCAUGGUUCCUGCCUGGCACCCCUGGUUUGUGGCCUGGAGACCAGGGGACCUGAAAUUGGGGGCAUUUUCCGGCUCGCCGCUUCGGGCACAGAGGGUGUUCGCAAGCAGGGCUACAGCAGCUCGCUUUGUGCAGAGCAUCUGUGCUAUAUCCGGCCGUGCCAUGGCAGCUGCUUUCCUUCGACAGCUGAACCAGCUCCUCCAGACCCAGCAGCCCAUCAUGGGAGAUCAAUGGACUUCUCUCUUGGCUGCUCAGAGCGAGGUCGCCAUCAGAACGAUUCGUCAAAGCCACAUCACAGUCGAGGAGGGUGCAGAGAUCUGCAGCUUGGUGCAGCAGGGCCUUUGGUCACACGAGCAGAAGCAGGCCCUGGGUGCAGCCGUCUCCCAGACCUUGGCAGGCAGCACUCCAGCAAAUGCCAAGGCCAAGAAGAAGAACCAGGAAAUUCUCAACUUCUGGGGUUUCUUGGGCGCCGAGGACCGGAGAGUUUUGUCCAGCGACGACACUCUCGUCAUGAGGCUGACUCACACUGCUCAGAUAAUGGCUCGACUGGAGAUGUUCUGGCCAUCAGAACAGUCUGUGGGACACAUCAUCAAGACCCUGCAGAGUUGCAACAAUACUGGCUUGCAGAGCCCCGACGAGUUCCAUUCGGCUGUCGUGUGCCUCAAGAAGAAGGUGAAGACCAUGCUCAAAGAUGCUUCCUGUGGCGAGUUCGUCGCCAAGUACACUCGGCCUGAGGAUCUUCCACCACACACCCGAGAUCGCUUCGCAGAUGCCUUGGGAGGUGAGCUGCCUGGAACAAUGGUGCUGGCCCGUGAUGCUCUUCGUGGCAGUAACAAAAGCCUCUCUUUCCACAAGAGCAACACUGCCAUGGUGCUGGGUGGUCCAGCAGCAGGCCCGGCAAUGCACAUGCCCCACACCAUGCAGGGUAUGAUGCAGUUCUGGGGCAGCAUGGCAGCUAACAUGUUCAACCAGCAGCAGCAAUUGGCGAAGAAGAACGAUGGAUUGCCUGGGUUGAAAAUCUUCGGCGACCCAGCUGCUGCCGCCUCGUCUGGGACGAUGGCCUCCUCGCCUGCUCAACAGCAGGCCUUGCAGCUUCCUGCAGUUACCAAUGAACCGGCACAGGGCAGCGGAACAAAGCAGGCCGAGCAACAGGGAGUGCUGGCCAGCAAGGAUCCUGUCAGUGCUGCACAACACGCAGAUGAAAUGCUUCAAGCUUGGAAGGGCGAGAACAAAGGGUUCGACAGCACCGUCGAGGCCGAGGCCAAGGAAAACGAGGCGAAGCACAAGGCAAAUAAGAAGCCCAAGGCUGCAGCCAAGGCCAAGGGUAAAGCCAAGGCCAAGGCUAAGGCGAAGGCCAAGUGCACGGCCAUGAAGUCCCAGCCCAAAGCAAAGUCGCAGCCCAAGGCGAAGGCCAAGGCUGCUUGCAAGGCGAAGGCGAAGUCGCAGCCGAAGAAGGUCCAGAAGGCUUUGCAGAAGUUCACUCGAGAAGAGGUCCGAUGCAUGACUUUGUCGGCUCGCAUCAAGCUGCGACCCAAUGGGUGUGCCAAGUGUCUCAGUCAGGUCUUGCAGGAACUCAAAGAGCUGCCCGAGUUGCCAUCUGGGACGAGUCGCCGAACACUGAAGCGGGCCCGGGAUGAGAAGACUCGGAGCUACCAAACUGCUUAUGGCGAGAUCCUAUGCGACUUCAAGUGUGUUGCCGAAACUGGUGUGGAGUUUGAAUUUCCUGUCUUGAACCCAGCUGCAAUGCUUGCCUGGGCGACAGAGCGAUGUCGACCAUUUGGCGAGUUCCUGGAGAGGGCCAUGGAUGCCACACCCCCCAGCAUUCUUCAACCAUGGGGAUUGGUGUGGUAUUCCGACGAGCUGGCUCCGGGCAACCAACUCAAGCACUCGAACCGGAGAAAGGUCCAGGCUGUAUAUUGGAGCCUGCUCCCUUUGGGACAGCAUGCAAUGGGUUGCGAAAAUUGCUGGUUCACUCUCUGUGCCAUUCGCAGCUCUCUGGUCGCAGAUCUCGGCGGCAUGACUGUGCUCUUCAGGCAGCUAGCAGCCUUGUUCUUUGAGAGACCUGACUUCAGAAAAGGUCUUGUGUUGCAGUGCCCUGGACAAGCACGUAUGCUCUUUGCCGACUUGAAGAUCAUCAUAUCCGACGAAGCUGCAAUUAAGGCUACCCUUUUCAAUAAAGGAGCCAGUGGGCUCAUAUUCUGUGUUCAAUGCCAAAACGCCGUGGACCACAAAAGCAGCAUUGCUGAAAGGAGUCGGGGCAAUAUGGUGUCCGGCCUGGAAACCGACAUGAGUUGCUUUCGGAUGCACACACCCGAGUCUAUACGAGACACCAUGGACUUCUUGCGAAGGCAAGAGACGGUCCUCAACAAAGACAGAUUCCUGCAACUCCAAACAGCAAUGGGGUUCAAUUUCAAAGAGGGUGGAUUGCUGGCACAUGCAGCAUACGGGCCUCCGGUCAUCGAGUGUGUGAUGUUCGAUUACUUCCAUAUCUAUUUGGUCAAUGGCAUCUUCAAUGUUCUGACGGGGUUUUUUCUUGGAGAGCUUCACAACCAUGGCUGGAAGCACAAUGACAUUGAUCGCUUCGCAAAUGGUUUUACCUGGCCUUCUCGUUUGCGAGGUGCUGCUGCAAAGGAUAUCUUGCAGAAGCGAAAGCCAAGCGAAACCUUGAAGUGUGGAGCCAGCGAGGCUCUGAACUUUAUGCAGCUGCUGCGACUCUAUGUGCUAGUCUUUGUGCUGCCAAAUUGCAGCAGAGAUAUCCGGGACUCUUGCGAGGUUUGGUUGGCUUUGUGCAAGGUGAUUGAUGCUUUGCAAGCGAUCAAUGCCAAACCUUCAGCAUUUACCCCCCUGGAGUUGCAGCAGCUCAUCAAAAGGCAUCUCGAUCUGGCGAAAAGUCGGUAUGGAGAUGAGUGGUGGGUGCCAAAGUGUCACUUGGCAGGCCAUUUGGCGCUGCAACUGGCCAAGCAUCAGGUCCUCCUCAGCUGCUUUGUGCACGAAAGAAAACAUAAAAUCAUCAAAAAAAUUUCGAAUGAAAUUUUGGAUACAAGCAGAACCUUUGAGAGGAGCAUCCUACAAGAUGUACUCCAUGGUCACAUGGAAAGUCUGGCAGAGGGUGUAUACCUCCCAGGCCAAGGAGUUCGCUUGGUCGACCCUGUGAGACCAGCUCCUGCCAGAUUGCAAACAGAGAUACACAACACGAUCCGGGUCCAGGGUGAAGUCUUCACAGCCAGGCAGGCAGUGCAUGGAGGAAACUUCACCGUGGCUGUCGGCGACUUGGCCUUGAUGGAUCUGGAUGGGGUCACUGCCGUAGGCAAAGUGGCUUAUCAUGUAAUGUGCGAGAAAGUUGUAUGGUCGCACAUUACCUUCUGGACACAUGUCCAUGGCUGUAUGUAUGAAGUCUCCGACGAUUGUGGCCUCGUGCAAACCCGACUGAUCCGGGCCACAUGCCCUUACAGCAUUUCGGGCAAUGCUGCCAUUGUCGCAGUCCCGCAGGUGUAA